AUGUCUAUACCACUAGUUCUCCUCAUUCUUGUGGAGUAUAAUCUCAAUCUACAUUUGCCAAGCCGCCGACCAGAAUGGGCCGAAAGGCUUUCUCCUCACCUCGCGGCUUUCAGCAUAGAGAUGGACCGCUGGCCAGACUGGGCCGGCCAAAAAGUCGGCAAGCCAAACGAGUACUUCAACCAACUUCUCUCCAACCUAGGAGAAAGGACCGGUCAUAUGCCAUUCCUUCGUGUAGGAGCCAACUCGCAAGACAGAGCCACUCUAGACCUAAGCCUCGAGGUCAUGAACAAAACCUUUCCGGAACCGACUGAGACUGUCCCCAACCCAGAGGCAGACCACAUAUACAUCGGCCGUGACUUUUACGCCUUAUCGGGGAAUCUACCGGCUGGAACGCCCUUCAUGUGGGGUCUAAACCUGAAGUCCUUGGACCAGACUGAGACUGUUGCUCAGGCCCGCUUGCUUGCCCAGACCUUUCAAGGAGACCGGGCCAACUUGACCAAGGAUGUGCGACUUGUCAAUGUCGAGUUGGGCAAUGAGCCUGACUUUUAUGGCUUGACGCGGACGGGGCGCAAUGGGCCCUAUGGUGUUGAGUGGGAUGUUGCCAACUACACGAAUACUUGGACACAGUACGCCCAGGCAGUGAGCAAAGAGAUCGAAUUCGGCCGUUCUAGUUCAGAUGGACCUACGCUGUCACCUGGAGCCUUUACUGGUUUCAACGCACCAGAAUGGACGCCAGCAGGACCCUUGCAGCUGGGCAUACUGAGUGAUCCGAUGAUUCGAAAUGCGACGACUCAGUUCUCGGAACAUGCUUACUCUGGCGGCUUCGAUCCACGCCGUGUUGUCAAUCCCGGCGAUCUGAUGAAUAAAUUAUAUGUGCGCAGCAACAUGACUGCGAAGAUGGCCGGCAUUCAAGCAGUAAGAUCCGUGGGUUUGGAUUAUCUGUUGGCCGAAACAAAUUCUUAUGCAAACCAUGGCCAGCCAGGGCUGAGCAAUACCGUUGAGAGUGCACUCUGGGCUGUCGACUGGCUCUUACUCGGCGCCUCUUUCGGCAUACAAAGGCUUCACUUCCACCACGGUGUAGGUUUCAGAUACAACCUGAUACAGCCAACAAGUGACUCUGAUGACGGUCUCAACAUCACUCGGCCCCAUAUUCUUCCAUCAUAUCACGCUUUUUUGAUUGUUAACGAAGCUAUUGGGAAGUCUGACGAAGCGUAUGUUGCCGAAAUACCAACCAGUAAUUCUACUCUUACAGCGUACGGAAUAUGGGAGCAAGAUAGACUUGCAAGAAUUGUUGCCUUGAACACGCAGGUUCAUCUCGGUGGACAAGAGAAGCCGACCAUCAGCGUCAGUCUGAAGGGCCUUGACUCAGGUCUAUCAACUAAGAUGAAGAUGUUGCUCUCGGACAAUACGACUGCUAAUGCUGGAUUGAUAUGGGCGGGACAAAGUUUCGAGACUGUGUCUGGGGAGCCGGAAGGCGAUGUAAGGGAAGAUGAAGUCCUGAACCAGAUUUUCCGUUUGCCGGCGUCUUCAAUUGCUCUCUUAACGAUCCGAUGAGUCGAC